GGUUUAUGUGCAAAUAUUUUGUUUCAGUUUAAGACUGGUCACGGUCACUUUAAGUCUGGAAAGUUUAGCAGAAUCUCAGUUAACAGUUUAUCCAUGCAAGGUGGCUUUGUUGUAGUCGGUCCCUUUCAAAAAGAAGGAAAUACAUCUAAGGAAAUAAAAGCUGCUGCAUUUGAAAAGUUUUGCCAACAAAAUAGAUUGUUCAACCAGAAAUAUAAUCACCACAAUCAAUUUGUUUUGGUGUAUCCUGAUGGGAAAAAGGUCUAUUAUCUUCCUGACGGUUAAGAAGAAUUUUCAAUUCUUGGAUACAGGAAUUUCCUAGAUCCAAAGACGAGAUUCGAUCUUGUUUUGUAUUUUUAUAAAUGGCAAUGAGCAUUUUACAUCACAUUCAAAUAUUGUUUACUUCUAUUAAAAUAAAAAAUGUAUGUAUUACAGAAAGGUUACAGUAUCAAUCGUUUAAUUUCAGAGAACUAUGACUGCAAUGAAGAAGUAGAAGUCUCCUCCUGUUCAUCAACAGAAGAUCUGCCGAGUCUUGAGGGCGAAGGAUUGCCAAGAAGUAGAAUAGAAUCAAGUCUGGAUCAAUCGGAUACCCUUCCUCUUACAGUGGAAGUCACAUUCACUUUUAAGGAAGGGAGUUUCACGGAGACAUUCGCCAACAACACCAAAGUUUCGACGCUGAAACAAUAUGCAGCAUCAAAGUUGAACACAAAUGACUGCAUUGUGAUGCUAUUAUCUGGCCAUACAAUGAGUAACGACGAUCGCCUCAUGAAUCUGUCGUCGAGUCCGGGAAUAGAGACCCAAAUGUAAGACGAAGGGUCACCAAUGUCAAUUACAAUACAAAUUGAAAUGUUGAAAAACGUAGUACAAAUAUACAAAUUUUGAAUCCAUUCACCAUAAUCCCUGCAAUCCUCACGAUGGGUGUUGUGUUCUCCAUAAUAGAUAUCUUUUUUCAGUUAGUAAUAUUUAUAUACUAUAUCAUAUUCAUAUGUGAUACGUUAA